AGACAAUCUAAAUCACUCUAGAAAGAUCGAGAGGGGAAUAAUCUGGGAUAAUUUAUUAUUAGAUGCCAUGGUUGGUCAUAGUGCAUCGGACAUUCCAUUCUUUGGGUCUUUCGCUUCCUGUAAAUCAUGCCAUUCCAAAGGUUUGUGCAGUCAGGCCGUGUGGCCUAUGUGAGCGAUGGCAUUCAUCAGGGCAAACUGGUGGCUAUUGUCGACAUCAUUGACCAGAAUCGGGUUCUGGUGGAUGGCCCAGCAUCCAAAGUACCUCGCUGUGAGAUGAGGCUUAAUGAACUUCACCUGACUAAAUUCCGCUUGCGUUUCCCAUUUACCGGAUCUACCCGUGUCGUACGAAAGGCGUGGCAAGCGGGUAACAUUGACGAGUUGUGGAAACAAACAAUGUGGGCUAGAAAAGUUGAAGCCAAGAAGAAGCGUGCGGAACUUAGUGAUUUUGACCGCUUCAAGCUGAGGAAAGCUAGGCAGAUCAGAAAUAGAAUGCGAACAGAGGCAUUCUAUAAGUUAAAGAAGGCCAAGAAGGCUAAACCUGGCGAUGCAAAAAAAGGCAAAAAGCAAACUGAAAAGUAAUCUUUUUAAUUAAAUACAAAAUUAUUUCACAAAAA